AUGACCCAUCGGUGGUCGAUCCUGCAGGAACUCCUGAUCUUAUGCCUACUCGCCAGUCCCUCUGCGGUCCUUCGCCCGACCGAAGCGAUACCGACAGCAAUUGCCGCUCCCUCGGCGUCUUCCGAGUGCUGCGGCACGUGCAUUGGCAAGUCGUCCAACGCCGUGUACAGCUACGACCCCGUGGUCUUUGACCAGUGCACGGGCGUCGACAAUGGCGUGUGCUGCUUCGAGUGCGGCAACUUGGGCGACCCCAUGUACGGCGACACAGUGUCGUACGCCACGGACGGCGUCACGGCAGUGGUCCCCGUGGGGAGCUACAUCUCGUUCACGUGGAGCGGCGUCGAGAACGUGACGUACGUGUCGCUCAAGACGGGGCAGAAGAAGACCGUGACGCCGACCGUGUCGGACGCGCAGGCGACCGUCAAGUCGGACACGUUCCUGAUCUGCGCCCGGUCGGCCGGCACGAUAUACUUUCGCGGGUGGGGCAGCGACACGUGUCGCGAGGCGUCGCCCGAGCACUCGAUCACAGUCGAAGCCAGUGGGGAGAAGGACAGCGGCGCCACGUGCGACGCGAAGGACGUGCAGGUGACUGCCCCCUCGAGUGCGAGCGACUCGAGUUCCGGGUCGGGGUCUGAAACAGGCGAUGCGACGGUCACGAGCUGCAACGUGCAGCGCGCGAGUUGGCAAACAGUACACGGCGUUCGCAAGUGCGUGUGCGUGUCGGACUGGACAAACCCACCCGAGUGCGACCGCUGGCCGCUCUGGAAGUGGCUCGUGACCAUCGGUGGCGCUGUGGCGACGUUGUUUUCCAUUGGUAUCUCCGUGCGAGCGUAUGUGCAAAGCCGGAAGCGAAAGCACGAGAAAGAGGGCGAGAAGUUGCAAGAUGACUCGGUCCGGACGAAUUACGGAGACGCGUACCAAGAGAACUUGGCUCCCAUGGGUACAAAGAGCGAUCUCAACCCAAUGGAUUACCGACUACAGAGUGAGUAUCAUAAUGCGGCAGCAAUGGCUCCAUCGAAAGAUGUCGAGCGUACACCUGGAGGGACGAGGAAACCGGAUGAACGGUUGUUUUCACUCUAG